AUGAGUCCUCCACUGCUGAAGCUUGGCGCUGUGCUUAGUACAAUGGCAAUGAUCUCAAACUGGAUGUCCCAAAUUCUCCCAUCCUUGGUAGGACUGAACACCACGAGGCUGUCGACGCCAGAUACCUUAACUCAGAUUAGUCCCAAAGAAGGGUGGCAAGUGUACAGCUCGGCACAGGAUCCUGAUGGGCGAUGCAUUUGCACAGUGGUUGCUCCAGAACAAAACCUGUGUUCCAGGGAUGCCAAGAGCAGGCAACUUCGUCAACUGCUGGAAAAGGUUCAGAACAUGUCUCAAUCUAUUGAAGUCUUAAACCUGAGAACUCAGAGAGAUUUCCAAUAUGUUUUAAAAAUGGAAACCCAAAUGAAAGGGCUAAAGGCCAAGUUUCGACAGAUUGAGGAUGAUCGGAAGACACUAAUGACCAAGCAUUUUCAAGAGUUAAAAGAGAAGAUGGAUGAGCUCCUGCCUUUGAUCCCUGUGCUGGAACAGUACAAAACAGAUGCCAAGUUAAUCACCCAGUUCAAGGAAGAAAUUCGGAAUCUAUCUGCCGUGCUCACUGGAAUUCAGGAGGAAAUCGGUGCCUAUGAUUAUGAGGAGCUCCAUCAAAGAGUGCUGAGCCUGGAAACCAGACUUCGUGACUGCAUGAAAAAGCUCACAUGUGGAAAAUUGAUGAAAAUCACAGGCCCAAUUACAGUCAAGACAUCUGGAACCCGAUUUGGUGCUUGGAUGACAGAUCCUUUAGCAUCUGAGAAAAAUAACAGAGUCUGGUACAUGGACAGUUAUACUAACAAUAAGAUUGUCCGUGAAUACAAAUCAAUUGCAGACUUUGUCAGUGGGGCUGAAUCAAGGACAUACAAUCUCCCUUUCAAGUGGGCAGGAACUAACCAUGUUGUCUACAACGGUUCACUCUAUUUUAACAAGUAUCAGAGUAAUAUCAUCAUCAAAUACAGCUUUGAUCUGGGGAGAGUGCUUGCCCAACGAAGCCUAGAGUAUGCUGGUUUUCACAACGUUUACCCCUACACCUGGGGUGGAUUCUCUGACAUCGAUCUAAUGGCUGAUGAAAUCGGGCUGUGGGCCAUAUAUGCAACCAACCAGAAUGCAGGCAAUAUUGUCAUCAGCCAGCUUAACCAAGAUACGUUGGAGGUGAUGAAGAGCUGGAACACCGGCUACCCCAAGAGAAGUGCAGGGGAAUCUUUCAUGAUCUGUGGGACACUGUAUGUCACCAACUCCCACUUAACUGGAGCCAAGGUGUACUAUUCCUAUUCCACCAAAACUUCCACUUAUGAGUACACAGAUAUUCCCUUCCAUAACCAAUACUUUCACAUAUCCAUGCUUGACUACAAUGCAAGAGAUAGAGCUCUUUAUGCCUGGAACAAUGGUCACCAGGUCCUAUUCAAUGUCACUCUUUUCCAUAUCAUUAAGACUGAGGAUGACACAUAA